AUGGCCUCGAUGUUUCAACUAAGCAAGACAUUUAAGGAAAUUCUGGAACACUUAAAACAAUGGAACCCGCAAUAUAAAGAAGAAUGUAGAAGUAAAGAGAAGGACGAUACCUCUGAAAAGAAUAGCACCAGUUCAGAGCAGCAUAAUUUGACAGGUUUUCCUAAAAAUCAAACAACAGAAGAGGAAACAUCCCUUGGGGCUUUGAAAAAUAAGAGCAAGUUAGAUCAAUUGAAUUUCCAGACAUUUUUAGAGGAAGCAUGUGAGCCCCAUAUUGACUUAUGUGAGCAUUUGGAAUCCGUGAUUACAACAAUGAUAGAAAACUUGGAGGACACCCCUCAGGAAUCAACAUCUCAGAAGCUACAUCAAACUAAUACAAAUGUGGACGACGAAGAAGAAUAUAGUCUUGAUCAGGUGGACCACCUAAUCGGUGAUGUUAUGAAUUCAGUCCAGACUGAUUCGUCAUAUGAUGAAGAUCUCCAUUGUAUUGAACAAGCCGUGGCAUGUACAAUAAGCAAAGCCAAUCAAAAAUGUUCUCUUGAAGCUACGGACAAAUCGCUUUUGAAAGACAAUCUCCAUACCAUAACAUUUCUGUCAAAGAGAGAGGAAAAAUUUUGGAGGAAAGAGAGAAUUAGAAAAGAUAACCAUAACAUAAUCGAACGAAGGCGGAGAUACAAAAUAAAUGAUAGAAUUCAAGAAUUAGCUGCACUUUUACCGCCAACAGUUCAUCCAGCAAUGAAAUUGCAUAAAGGAUCAAUUCUGAAAGCAUCAGUUGAUUAUAUAAGGGAAUUGAAAAAAGACACAUCUAAGCUUAUUUUAUUUGAAUCCAAACAUAGGGCAAUGGAGACAAAGUACAACAAAAUGAUGUUAAAACUCUUUCAACUAGAAUUGGGGAUGAAACUUUUUGAAUUAAACGAGGAGAAAGAUUUUCAAGAGAACUCAAAGAAAAGAUCCAAAAGAAAUAAUCCCGAAUUUGAUGCGAUGGUGGAAGAUAUAAUGAAAAAUGCCUUGCAACAGCCGCACAAGACCCAAGAAAAAUUAACACGUUUAUCAAUUGAUCGAUUCACGGUAUUGGAAAGUCAAAGCGAUGGUAAAAAGACAGCGCCUCCUUCUAAAAACAUUUCAAAAAAUUUUGUCAGAAAAAAAUUGUCAGUUAAUAGCAAUAAAAGCAAAGCCUCCACUGAACCGUCUAGCAGAGUACUGACGUUGGGAAUGAAAUCCCCAAGAACUCACUCUAACCUAAGGUAUGAAGAGAAUCUUGUAAAUCGAGAGAAUUGCAAUCCUCAAAACCAGGCUUUUGAAUUCACUGAAGACCUGGAACAAAAUGAAAUGCAUUUUAUGAUUCCCAUUCAAACAGAAACAUUAUCAAAUGAACAAGAAGGUUUUUCUAAGCAUUAUCUUUCAUCCACGUCCGAAUUAAAUUCUGACCAAUACAAUCUUUUGCUAGAUUUAUAUGGCUCAGAUAAUAUGUCCUUAUUUCAAACCGAGACACAGUCAUAUCCCCCUGUAUCUUCUAUUUUUUCAACUGAUCAGUCAGAGGAAGACUACUCGUCGCCUGUUUUGUCGCCCCUUACCCAGACGACAAACAUGCUGGAAGGAUUACUUAGAACAAGCGACAGAGCUUCCUUGUCUUCGGAGUCACAUUCCCUGGAGAAUUCUAUUGAGAGUUCAGGGACACAUUAAAUAUUUCACCACAAACUUUUAAUUUUAGAAAAACUUCAUAUUCGAUACAACUGAAUUUUACUUUUUGUUGUAAUCAUAGGAUUAUUCAUGGUUUGAAACCGUUCAAUAGUUUUUCAUUUAGAUGUAAUAUCUAAUUUAAAUCAAUGUAAUGAUUUUGUCAUUAUUAGUGACGUCACACGUCAUUGUGAACACAUCCAAUAACAAACCGGAUAAUAUUGUGUAAAAGUGAUGUUUUGUGAAUAUGACAUUUUAAUUUUAAAUGAAAGAAGUUGAAAUCAGAAGUCCCAUGUUCAUUAUACCUUAGCAGAAGAAGUUUCUGGGAAUUCAAUUCAUUCAUGAUAUUGAGUAGAAAUAAUUUCUAAUAUUCUAAGCUAUAUUUGAAGACAGUACAGGCGUAUCAU